AUGUUUCUCAUCGCGCUUUAUAUCUUUGGAUGGCAGAUUGUGUACAAAUGCGGAUACUUGGAGAAGCCUGAUGUAGGCGUCAGUAUGGUCAGCACCUUGCGUUUGCCGAAUGUCACCCUCAACUACAAAGACGUACCUUACUGUUCUGACACCAGUUCUUGCACCUCGGAUGCAGCCUGCCCAUGCCGCAAGUUUCGCCCAGAGGAAGUGUUGCGACAAAACCAGUUGACAAUCAAUCUUGUGACAUCUGUGGCAUACAUCAACUAUGCGGGCGACAUCGGCAGGGUGGAGUACGUUCCAGACGUGGAGCACUAUGAGCUGUUAAUGGAGCCCACGGUUUUUCAACAGCAUCAUAUGCCUGGUAUGGUGAACGAGGUUGUGCAGGGGUACCAAAUCCAGGGGCGAUUGUUCGUGGGCUCACGUUCGGCAGAGCCAAACGCAAUUCAUAAAGAUCUCUGCCGUGAAAAGUCCUUGGUGAAGGAUGGUGCCUGGGCGUAUCCGGAUGGCCAACCCACAGAUCGAGCACCUUGCUACAUUUUAGCAGAUGACAGUGUGUUGGGCAACGAUGUGUUCAAGGUGUCAACGCUGCUUCGUUCCAUGGGCAUAACCUUAGACGACCUCCGCGGUACUGCUGUGUAUACCGGGGAGAACAGGACUUUACGCAGGAGUGGUUUUACUUCUCUGCUCGCCUUGGAGGUUCGGAACUACAAGUACGGGAUGGGGCUGCUUCAACCAUAUUACAUCAUGAACUUUGAGAUGGCUGGAAGGAAGCAGCAUCAUUUCUCACAGUACACUACGGUAAAGCGCGGAGACAGUGUUGAGUUUGCUCAUGAACCUGGAUUCCCUCUUAAUGCCUGGUUUUUUUUGUUGAGGGAGGCCCCUUUGUGGGAGCGCCCAUAA